AUGGCGCAAGCUCUGUCCGAGGAGGAGUUUCAACGGAUGCAGGCUCAGCUUCUGGAACUCCGAACAAACAACUACCAGCUUUCAGAUGAGCUACGCAAGAAUGGCGUUGAACUCACCAGUCUUCGACAGAAGGUCGCCUACCUGGAUAAGGAGUUCAACAAAGCUCAGAAGGCCCUGAGCAAGAGCAAGAAAGCUCAGGAAGUCGAGGGGCUACUGAGCGAAAAUGAAAUGCUGCAAGCAAAGCUGCACAGCCAAGAGGAGGACUUUCGCUUGCAGAACAGCACGCUUAUGGCUGAGUUCAGCAAGCUCUGCAGCCAGAUGGAACAGCUAGAGCUGGAAAACCAGCAGUUGAAGGAUGAGGCUUCCAGGGCAGGGGCUGCCCAGGCCGGAAGCGUUGUGGAUGGGGAGCUGCUGAGACUGCAGGCGGAAAAUACAGCCUUGCAGAAGAAUGUGGCAGCUCUGCAGGAGCGCUAUGGGAAAGAGGCUGGGAAGACUACAGCUGCCAGUGAAGGCCAAGGGGACCAUCCAGAGGGCCAAGCCCCUGCCAUCUUGUCCCCCAUGCCACUGGCAGAGGUGGAGCUAAAGUGGGAAAUGGAGAAGGAGGAGAAGAAAUUGCUCUGGGAGCAACUACAGGGCUUGGAGAGCUCGAAGCAAGCCGAAACGUCCAGGCUACAAGAAGAACUUGCUAAGCUCUCAGAAAAACUGAAAAAGAAGCAAGAAAGUUUUUGCCGUCUGCAGACAGAAAAGGAGACACUAUUCAAUGAUAGCCGGAACAAGAUUGAGGAAUUACAACAGCGGAAGGAAGCCGACCUCAAAGCUCAAGUGGCUAGAAAUCAGAAGCUGCAGCAGGAGCUGGAGGCUGCCAAUCAGAGCUUGGCAGAGCUUAGAGAUCAGCGACAAGGGGAACGCCUGGAACACGCAGCAGCUCUGCGAGCUCUCCAAGAUCAGAUCCAAACGGCAAAGACCCAAGAACUGAACAUGCUCCGGGAACAGAGUGCUCAGUUGACAGCUGAGUUGCAGGUGCGGCAGACGGAGUAUGAGCAUCUCAUGGGACAGAAAGAUGACCUCAACACCCAGCUUCAGGAGUCAUUACGGGCCAAUAGUCGGCUGCUGGAACAACUUCAAGAAACCACUCAGGAGAAGGAACAGUUGACCCAGGAACUACAGGAUGCUCGGAAGAGUGCUGAGAAGCGGAAGGCCAUGCUGGAUGAGCUGGCAAUAGAGACGCUACAGGAGAAGUCCCAGCACAAGGAAGAGCUAGGAGCCAUCCGACUUCGGCAUGAGAAGGAGGUGCUGGGGGUGCGUGCCCGCUAUGAACGUGAGCUGCGGGAGCUGCAUGAGGACAAGAAGCGACAGGAAGAGGAGCUCCGUGCCCAGAUCCGCGAGGAGAAGGCCCGCACACGGGAGCUGGAAAGUCUCCAGCAGACAGUGGAAGAGCUUCAAGCUCAAGUACACUCCAUGGAUGGAGCCAAGGGCUGGUUUGAACGGCGCCUGAAGGAGGCUGAGGAAUCCCUGCAGCAGCAGCAGCAGGAACAAGAGGACGCCCUGAAGCAGUGUCGGGAGGAGCAUGCUAAGGAGCUGAAGAGCAAGGAAGAGGAACUGCAGGGCGUGAUGGAUCAGCUCCAGCAGGCCCAGGAGGAGCGCGACUCCCACCUGAAGACCAUCAGCAACCUGAAGCAGGAGGUGAAGGACACCGUGGACGGGCAGCGCAUCCUGGAGAAGAAGGGCAGUGCCGCGCUCAAGGACCUCAAGCGGCAGCUGCACCUGGAGAGGAAGCGGGCGGAUAAGCUGCAGGAGCGGCUGCAGGACAUCCUCACCAACAGCAAGAACCGCUCCGGCCUCGAGGAGCUCGUUCUCUCGGAAAUGAACUCACCAAGCCGAACCCAGACUGGCGACAGCAGCAGCGUCUCCUCCUUCAGUUACCGGGAGAUCUUGCGUGAGAAGGAGAGCGCCACCAUUCCAGCCCGGUCCUUAUCCAGCAGCCCUCAGGCCCAGCCCCCCAGACCAGCGGAGUUGUCCGAUGAGGAAGUGGCUGAGCUCUUUCAGCGCCUGGCGGAAACACAGCAGGAAAAAUGGAUGCUGGAGGAGAAGGUGAAGCACCUGGAGGUGAGCAGCGCCUCUAUGGCCGAGGACCUCUGCAGGAAGAGCGCCAUCAUUGAGACCUACGUCAUGGACAGCCGGAUCGAUGUGUCCGUGGCAGCAGGCCACACCGACCGCAGCGGCCUGGGCAGCGUCCUGAGAGACCUAGUGAAGCCGGGUGAUGAGAACCUUCGGGAGAUGAACAAGAAGCUACAGAACAUGUUGGAGGAGCAGCUCACCAAGAAUAUGCAUCUGCAUAAGGACAUGGAAGUUCUGUCCCAGGAAAUUGUGCGGCUCAGCAAGGAGUGCGUGGGGUCCCCUGAGCCAGACCUACCACCAGGAGAAUCCGGCUAA